GAAGACAUUGGGUGGCUUGAGCCAGUGACUAAGAAGGACUACUUCAGCCUUCAGGAGCCAGCCUGAGUGAGCCAUGGAUAUAAUCAUAUAAUCGUCAGAGAUGGUUCCGCUCUGACCUGAGGGCCUGAGCAUUGCACUCCUUUCCUGCUCGCCCCUUUUACUCCUCAGUUUCCUCCUCCAGGUCCUCUCCGAUGCGAAUUCCACCAAGACUCAGCCCUACCAGUCAGACAACAGUGCAUCCACCACCAUGGUGAAAGAUGCGGGAUCUCGGCAGACAGCGCUUCGACGGGGGCAACGCUGGCAGUCAUCGUCGUCUUCAUCAGUCUGUCGCUGUACAACGUGAUCGAGCUCAGCUUCAUCAUCCUGGCGACCUUCAAGCGGCGCAGCGGGCUAUACUUCUGGAGCUUCGUCGUCGCGACGUGGGGGAUUUGCGCCGUUCGAGAUCGGCUUCCUCAUCGAGUUCCUCCAGCUCGCCGUGCCCAGCGGGAUCUACGCGACCAUGGUCGUGGCCUGGUGGUGCUGCAUGGUGACGGGGCAGUCGGUCGUGCUGUACUCGCGCCUGCACAUCGUGCUGCGCAACCGGACCCAGCUGCGGCUCGUGCUGGGCCUGAUCGUCGCCAACGCCGUCGUCUGCCACGUCCCCGUGGCGGUCCUGGCCUCCGGCGCCAACUCGCACAACCCGGAGCCCUUCGUCGUGCCCUACUCGGUCUACGAGAAAGUGCAGGUGACGCUCUUCUUUCUGCAGGAAUGCGCCUUCUCGGGCUUGUACAUCAAGGCGACGCUCGAGCUGAUGCGGGUGCGGGCGCGGCCACGGCGGCGCGGCGCGAUGGGCAAGGCAGGCACCUCGGAGACGCGCAGGCUGAUGGCCCACAUGAUCCUCGUCAACGUCAUCGUCGUGCUGCUGGACAUCACCAUCCUCGGGCUCGACUACGCCAACCUGUACGACCUCCAGACCAGCUACAAGGGCGUCGUAUACGGCGUCAAGCACAAGCUGGAGUUCAGCAUCCUGAACCGCCUGGUCGAGAUGACCCAGCGGGCCUCCUCGUCGUCGUCGUCAUCGUCGGCGGCUCACGACGGCUCCAACAUCCGCACGCGCACCGACGCGGCCGGGAUACAGAUGGACGGCCUGGAGAAAAAAGAAAGACGGCGGAGGACCACGAUGGCGGCGGCGGGGCACGGUGGCCUGGGCAACAACGUGUAUGUGCGGUCGGAGUCGGGUGCAGGCGGGGUGGCGCAUGACAUGAAGUACCUGGAUGCCGCCGUGGUUAUGACCACGGAGGUCACCAUCCACAGGGGCCGGCCGACGGUCGGACUCUGAGUCUGGGGGCGGAGGGGAUCUAGAAAGCAUCGGGGACAGGUCGGGCAUAAUCAUGAACUUGUCGGAAGGGGCCUUCAUUGGGCAACAUAGCACAGCGUCCCACUCGUCCGAUCGGUGUGUGGUUGAGGCACGGGGGUAGCCGGGGUUGGACUUGUGUG